GGCCAUCUUGAUAGUCCAGGGUACCGUCGCUCCCAUCGCGCAGGGAGGGGAUGGAGCAGCCUGCUAACCGGGCUGGAACAGGACAACCUGCGGCCGCCGCCUCUACGACGCUCUGAUGGACUGAGGCCGGCCUCGAUGCACCUUUCCUUCCCAUCCUCGCUCCACUAUGAGUCGGGUUCUUCUCUGGUCUCACUGAAGCCUGGGCCGGGGGGUCAGGGGGCAUCCACCCCCGUCUGCGCUUUUCCCUCUCUCACCCCUGCACCACCUCACCUGCACCCCACCCCUCCUCACCCCGGCCCCUCACCCAAGGACUCAACCAAUCACACACCUGAGCUUCACAUGACCAAACCUUAGAACCCCUCCCUCCCUCACACACACACACACACACACACACACACCUGGGCUUCAAGAUGAUGUGCGAGGUGAUGCCCACCAUCUCAGAGGAUGGGCGCGGCGGCGCAGGAGGCGGCUCGUCCUCGCCGGCAGGAGGCGGCGCAGGAAUGGGCGGCGGCAUGGGAGGCAUGGGGGGCUAUGGCAGCAGGGACCCGCGCGGGGGCGGCGGCGGAGGCGACGAAGGGGGCAGCACGGGCAACCUGGAGUCUCUGAUGGUCAACAUGCUGACGGAGAGGGAGAGGCUCCUGGAGAGCCUGAGAGAGACGCAGGACAGCCUGGGGACCGCCCACCUCCGCCUGCGGGAGCUGGGACACGAGAAGGAGUCCCUCCAGAGGCAGCUGUCCAUCGCCCUCCCCCAGGAGUUUGCCGUGCUCACCAAAGAGUUGAACCUGUGCAGGGAGCAGCUGCUGGAGCGCGAGGAGGAGAUCGCCGAGCUGAAGGCCGAGCGCAACAACACACGACUGCUGCUGGAGCACCUGGAGUGCCUGGUGUCUCGUCACGAGCGCAGCCUGAGGAUGACGGUGGUGAAGAGGCAGGCCCAGUCCCCAGCGGGGGUCUCCAGCGAGGUGGAGGUCCUCAAGGCCCUGAAGUCCCUCUUUGAGCACCACAAAGCUCUGGACGAGAAGGUCCGGGAGCGACUGCGCGUGGCGCUGGAGCGCGUGGCGGUGCUGGAGGACGAGCUGCAGUCGUCCUCGCAGGAAGUUUUGUCCCUGCGAGAGCAAAUCAAGCGUCGACAGCAAGGACUCGACAAGGAGCGGCUCCCCAACGGCCCCUCCUCCAUCUUGGAUGACGGCGAGAUCGACCGGCAGCGGGAGGGCGAGAUCGAGCGCCAGAGAUCAGAGCUGGGCCAGCUGAAGGAGAGACUGGCGCUCAUGUGCAGACAGGUGGGCGAGAUCGAGGAGCAGCUGACGUCCGCCAGGAGGGAGUUGGCCCGGUCGGAGGAGGCCAACCAGAAACUCCAACGUGAUGUGAAGGAGGCGCUGUGUCAAAGAGAGGACAUGGAGGAGAGAAUUACCACACUGGAGCGUAGGUACCUCAGCGCCCAGCGGGAGGCGACGUCUCUCCAUGACAUCAAAGACAAGCUGGAGAACGAGUUGGCCAGCAAAGAGUCUCUCUACAGACAGAGUGAGGAGAAGAACCGGCAGCUUCAGGAGCGCCUGGACGACGCCAAGCAGAAACUGCAGCAAACCCUGCAACGAGCCGAGACGCUGCCUGAGAUCGAAGCUCAGCUGGCUCAGCGAGUGGCUGCCCUCAACAAGGCCGAGGAGCGCCACGGCAACUUUGAGGAGCGCCUGCGACAGAUGGAGGCGCAACUGGAGGAGAAGAACCAAGAGCUGCAGCGAGCGAGGCAGCGGGAGAGGAUGAACGACGAACACAACAAGCGUCUCUCCGACACGGUGGACAAGCUGCUGUCCGAGUCCAACGAGAGGCUGCAGUUGCACCUGAAGGAGAGGAUGGCCGCCCUGGAGGAGAAGAACGCCCUUUCUGAGGAGCUGUCCAACAUGAAGAAACUUCAGGAUGAUCUCCUCACCAACAAGGACCAGCUCAUAGCGGAGCUGGAGCGUCUUCAGCUGGAGUUGGACCAACUGAGAGCCAGGCCCGGCGGCUCGUAUUCCAGUCGAUCCCUGCCUGGCAGCGCCCUGGAGUUGCGGUAUUCCCAUGGGGGCGGGUCCCUCCCGGCGGGCUCCACCACUCACCUGGAUGCCUUCGGUAACACCUCCCUCGGGGGCGGAGUCAGGCGCAGCCACCGUGCGCGUUGGAGCUCCGUGCGAGAGGAUGCCACCAAGUAUACAGACUGGGACACGGGGGCCCUGCUGGGGGCCGGCUACGAGCACGGCGUGGACGUGUGUUGCUCCGAUGACGAGGACGACGGCGAGCAUCGCUUCGGCUCCGAGCUGCUGUCCCCCAGCGGACAGACGGACGUCCAGACGCUGGCCAUCAUGCUGCAGGAACAGCUGGAGGCCAUCAACAAGGAGAUCAAGCUGAUCCAGGAGGAGAAGGAGAACACGGAGCUUCGCGCCGAGGAGAUCGAGAGCCGGGUCAGCAGCGUGGCUCUGGACAGUCCGCCCAUCCCGCCGUCCUCCCUGGGGAGGGAUGGCACCGGGCGGGGCUUCAUCCCCUCCUCCAUCACCUCCUCCACGCUGGCCUCUCCCUCGCCCCCCAGCUCGGGACACUCCACCCCUCGCCUUCCUCACUCGCCGGCCCGUGAGAAUGACAGACAGAACAACAAAGACGAUGAUCGCUCCCUCGCCCUCCUCGACUCCACGCCCCCUCCCACGCCACGUGCGCUGCGACUGGACAGGAUGACCCUCACCCACCCGGGGGCCAUGCUGGAUGACCCCCGCGAGUUCCGCAGUCUGUCAGCAGAUGGCGGCAGCACCAACAGCAGCCAGGACUCCCUGCACAAGUCCAGCAAGAAGAAGAGCAUCAAGUCUUCCAUCGGGCGUCUUUUUUGGAAGAAGGAGAAGGGCAGGAUGGGCCAACCCGGGCGGGAUGGCUCGUCUUCUCUUGCAUCAACACCCUCUGAAGACCUGGCCUCCGGAGACGCCAUGGCGAUGAACAAGACCGGCACUCUCGGUCCGGCAGACAAAGACCGUCGCAGCAAGAAAAAGCACGAGCUCUUGGAAGAAGCGUGUCGCCAAGGCCUCCCCUUCGCGUCCUGGGAUGGACCCACCGUGGUGUCCUGGCUGGAGCUGUGGGUGGGCAUGCCGGCCUGGUACGUGGCGGCCUGCCGGGCCAACGUGAAGAGCGGCGCCAUCAUGGCCAACCUGUCCGAUACGGAGAUUCAGCGGGAGAUCGGCAUCAGCAACCCGCUGCACCGCCUCAAAUUGCGACUGGCCAUCCAGGAGAUGGUGUCCCUCACCAGCCCGUCCGCCCCCGCCAGCACCCGCUCUUCGACCAGUAACGUUUGGAUGACCCACGCCGAGAUGGAGUCCUUGAACGCAGCAACCAAGCCUCCGGAGCUGAAGGAGUUCAGCUGGGAUCAGAUCCUGGCGUACGGCGACAUGAAUCACGAGUGGGUGGGCAACGACUGGCUGCCCAGCCUCGGCCUGCCGCAGUACCGCAGCUACUUCAUGGAGUCGCUGGUGGACGCCCGCAUGUUGGACCACCUGACCAAGAAGGAGCUGAGAGGACAGCUGAAGAUGGUGGACAGCUUCCACAGGGUCAGCUUGCAUUACGGCAUCAUGUGUCUCAAGCGCCUCAACUACGAUCGCAAGGAGCUGGAGCGCAGGAGGGAGGAGAGUGUCCACCUGAACAAAGAUGUGAUGGUGUGGUCCAACGAGCGGGUCAUGUGCUGGGUGCAGACCAUCGGCCUGAAGGAGUACGCCGACAACCUACGUGAGAGCGGCGUUCACGGCGCCCUGCUGGCUCUGGACGACACCUUCGACUACACGGACCUGGCCCUGCUUCUGCAGAUCCCCAAUCAGAACACGCAGGCCCGCCAGCUCCUGGAGCAGGAGUACAACUCCCUCAUCUCCUUGGGGACGGAGAGACGGCCUGAUGAGGACGGAACCAAGACCUUCACACGCUCGCCUUCCUGGAGGAAGAUGUUCCGAGAGAAGGACCUGCGGGGCGUGACCUCCGACUCUGCCGAGACCCUGCCUGCUAACUUCCGUGCCUCCGCCAUCGCCACGCCCUCCGUCACCCUCAGGAAGGUUCAGAGUGACGCCAACUCGGCUUCCCGGGGUGAGUCCGCCUCCGUGAGGACGUACUCCUGCUGAGGGUGCCGACCGCACCGAGACCCUCGGAAGGAGCAUCCCACACCUCAAGUCUGCAAUAACACGCGUGUGGACGGGAAGCAGAGGAACGUCGACGUGUCCUCGCAGCGGGAAGGUACCUGAGCUGCAACACCCGUCUCCAUUUCUUAAACUAAACACGUCUUUUGUGCCGCAAACAAGAAGAGGACAUUAGCGCUCGUAAAUGAGUCACAACGGCAAAGGACACCGCCGCGGGCCGCUGAGGCUCCAUUGUGGGCUUCUGUUGUUGGGAGGGAGGGGGGAGGGGGGGUGUCUGAGUGUCCCCGAUUGACGCGGGCAGUAAAACAUGGCCGACACUGAGCCUCAAACCACAUCACAGGGACGCUCUUCAUCCUUUUGUCUUGUGCCACCUUGAAAGGCGAUAGGCCAGGAAGCUCUUUUCAUGGCAGACCAUAAUAAUACACAUCAAACGCUUCACCGGGAGAGGGUGGAGGGAGGGGGGGCAGCCGGGUCACACAGGCAUCGGGUUCAACUGUUUUGUGGCGUGGAAGUAAAGUAUGCGGACAUUUCGGACAAUUUAUGCUUCCAACGUUGGCCUUCCCGGUGCACAAAACCAGAGCCAUGAAGGCGUGCUCGGAGGAGUUUGGUGUGGAAGAACAGCCCGUGGCCUCCCAUUUAUAUUUCAUCCAAACAGGUAGCAGGUGGGGUUUUUUGGGGGGGGCAGGGGUGAAAGCGGACACUUCUUUAGGGAAUACGAGGAUGCAUGAGGAGAGAUGAAUGAUGGGAGGGGACACAUGCACACACAUGAUGACGAUGAUGAUGAUGAUGAUGAUGAAGACGAUGACGGUGUUUACGAUGCAUGUCUUAAAUGAAAACCACAAUGAACUUUUUCUUUGUUUGUCGGUGGUGAAGAUAAUGAAAAAUAUAUCUGUAAGAUACAUCUAUGGGGGGGGCGGGUGUGGGGGGGGGGUCAAUUUGUAAAAUGUGUGAAAUUUUUUUCAGUUGUAUUUUUGAUUUUUUUACGAUGACUAAUUUAUUUUCUUUAGGUAUGUAUCGGAUAACGUACGUCCCGUCCCCUCUUGACGCAAACGUUCAUUCCGGUUCCGCCGCCUGUGUGUGUGUAUGUGUGUGUGUGUGUGUGUGUGUAUGUGUGUGUGUGUGUGUGUGUGCGUGCGUUUUGACAACACAUUGUGCAAUGAUGAUUUCACAGGUUUCCAUCAUUCAAGUGGUCGUUAUACAAACUGAAGAUAUCCUAUGGAAAAUGAACAAAUACAAUGAAAAUGGUGAUGUAAAAAAAAAAAAAAAAGAAUGAAUAAAUGAAGCGAUCCCCGUGGAUCCGCUCAUCAUCUCCGACUUGCUCGCACUUGGCCGUACCUUCAUCUAUUUGUGGCGGGCCCGCACCGCAAAUACAUGUGGCGCUCCCUGUCGUAACACGCCUCAGACGCACCUGCUCUGCCAGAGAAGAAGAAGAAGACGUAGCAGGAGGGGAUCAUAUGUAGUGACAUGUGUAGCAACUCGCAAACGUUUUCCAACCAGGGCCGCAUCGUGAAAACAAAAAUAUGCAAUAUAUGCAUAUAUGAUUCUAUACAUUACAAGGAAAAAAAUACAUAUCAGCUUUGUGGAAAAGCCUAUUAACUUUUUUCCACAUUUUUGUUGUUGUUCCAAAUAUUUAAAACUUUUCUGAAGUAAUAUUUCUUCUUGUAAUAUUCUGACUUUAUUGCCAUAAUAUUUGGACUAACCAUAUUCUAACUUUUUGCCACCUUAAUGUUCCAAA